AUGGAAAUAUUUAGAAUCAUCAUCAACCAACCUUCACAUGAAUACAAGAUGAAACAAAACAUUUCCAACCCUUUUAUUCGGCAAGCAUAUUAUCUGCCCAUGUGUAAGCUGAAGUGCAGGAAGAAAAGUAAGAGUCGAGUUGAUUUGAAAUCAAAUUUCCGUUUCAAAAAUCAGUUUAUUCGUGAAAUGGGACGAAGAACCGAGGAAAAUGAAUAUUUACAAGAUGCUUUACUUCGUUCUUAUUCCUUUCCAACUUUCUUCCCACGAUUGUCUUUGAUCACAUUUCAACAUUUCUCAUUCCUCGUUUCCAUCUUUGCGAAGAAAAAAGAAAGCGAAUUAUUUCUGCCGGAAGUGAUUGAGAAUGCGAACACGAGGGAGUUAAGAGGUGGCAUGGCAUGUCUAACUGCUUUAAAUGCUCAACUUGUGAAAUUUGGAUGUGGUGAAGUUGUGCCUGAUGCAAAGCUUCUUAUCUUUAAUAUGUUGUGA